AUGUCUAAAAAAUCUGCACCAUAUGGCCUUUGGGAGUCCCCGAUCACAGCUGAUGCUAUUGCUCAAGAUAGCAUCGCCAUGGGCGACAUCUUCGUGGAUCCAGUCACAAAGGAUAUCUACUACAUAGAACAGCGUGCAUCGGAGGGUGGUCGAUACGUGCUAUUGAGUAACAAGACUCAAAAGGAAGUCUUCGGCACGGACUUUAAUGCGCGCACGCGCGUUCACGAGUAUGGUGGAGCUGCUGCGAUCGCUUAUAACGGGACUGUGUACUCUUCCAAUUUCGCGGACUUCCUAGUCUACGCCGCCAAAGAUGGGAAGAUCAGACCGAUUACACCAGAGGACCCAAACAAGAUUUAUCGCUACGCAGAUUUUUGUGUGCACCCAGUCCACACAGACCUACUCGUUGCUAUCCUAGAAGACCAUACCAAAGACACGCCACACACCGUGCGCAACUCUCUUUGCGUCAUCAACUCCACAGCUAGGACUGUCACGUCCUUGGUUUGCACCGAGGAUGCACAAAAUGAAUUCUAUGCAGCACCCACAUUUUCCCCUUCUGGCGAUAAGAUCGCAUGGCAGUUCUGGGAGCACCCAGACAUGCCUUGGGAAGGUGGACGGAUCUAUGUUGCUGACGUCCAGUACGAUCACAACGCCCAUAAAAUUAGCCUGAGCAAUACGAAGCUGGUAGCCGGUAACGCUAACACAAUCAGUGCGUGUUACCCCUUGUGGGCUUCUGACGACAAGCUUCUCUUCACCUCGGACCAACGCGAGGAGGAAAGCAAGUUUGCAAACCUGUGGGAGUUCACAGAGGCGUGCACCAAGCCAGUCCUCUCAUCUGUUGUGGAGCAAGACUUCUGCGAGCCACCCUGGACGCUUGGGAACUACCCAUUCGCAUUCCUGGAUGCGAAUGGCUCAAAAGCCAUCUGUGUUGCAUGGCGGAAUGGUCGAAGCGUCCUGUAUGUUGUCGAUAUCGCCAUGGGUUCCUACAUGGAGAUCAAAGACAAAUUAUUCGACUUUGUAGUUGUCGAACAUGUCCGUCGUCUGUCGGACUACAGUUUUGUCUUCACAGGACUGCGAAGCAACGCCCCUAGCGCAGCUAUGCUCUGCACUCUUACUGGACCAUCAUUCGUGCCCGAUUUCGAGGUGCUCAAAUCUACCGCAUCGGCGUCCGCUGCACCGUUCCCUGAUGGUAUCAUUUCGCUUCCAACCCCGCUUGAACUUAAACUUCCGAGUGGAAAAAUUGUGUAUGCCGUAUACUACGCUCCAAAAAACCCAGAGUAUGAGGGCUCGAGCAUUCCCGAAGAGAAACCUCCCUGUGUACUUAGCGUACACGGUGGUCCCACGGGAUUAGAGACACAAAAUUUGAACUGGUUGAAGCAAUAUUUCACAAGCAGAGGAUAUGCUUGGUUGGAUGUGAACUACAGUGGCUCUUCGUGCUAUGGACGUGCAUAUGUAGAGCGCCUCAAAGGGAACUGGGGCAUUACCGACGUAAGCGACUGCAUCGAAGCAGUCAAAUCAGCUGAACUCGGCCCCCUCAUCGACACCAAGCGCACUGCGAUCCGCGGCGGGAGCGCGGGUGGGUAUAUUGUACUUGCCUCCAUCUCCCUCGACUCCUCCGCAGCGAGCAAUGUGAAAUUCUUUGCGAGUGCCACGAGCAACUACGGGAUCUCAAACCUGGAGCUACUUGCGGACGACACGCACAAGUUCGAGCUUACGUACAUGGUAAAGCUUCUCGGCGGUACGAAGGAAGAGAUUCCGGACGUGUAUCACAACCGGAGCCCCGAGUAUUAUUCUGCGAACAUUAAAACCCCGUUGCUCGUUCUUCAAGGCAAUGAUGAUGAAGUUGUUCCGCCCCCGCAAUCGUGGACUAUUAUCAAUGGGAUCAUUAAGUCUAAGGGGCAUGUCGAGGCACACUUCUUCGAUGGGGAACAGCAUGGGUGGCGCACGUCAGAAACGAUCAAGAGGGCAAUUGAGUUCGAGAGGGAGUGGUACGAGAAGAUGAUGGUGAGGGGCAGCACCUAAGAAUAAAAUAGCAGUAGUGUAUCAUGUAUGAAUAUGAGCGAGGCGAAGUAGAAAAGAAUAUGUCUGGUUUCAGACUUACUUACGUUGAAGCUUAUUUGCAC